GUGUCGGUGUUAGAGAGAGAGUGAAAAAGACGACAGGUAAUGGAAUCAACAGAUGUCGGAAUGGAAGGUGAAGAGAAAAAACGUUCUCGUUUUCAGGUAGAGCCCGUGGAACAGGUGGGAGAAUGCUCCGAUACAUGCAAUACUCGAUCACUCUGCCACUAUACACAAGAGGCACUUCCUCGCCUUGACCACUACAGAAAUAUUCACUCAUUACACGCUCAUCAACCCCGGCCCACUUUGGAUGAACUGCACAACGGAAAUGUCGAGGAACAGACUUUUGAUCGAAGACUUUCAAAGGCAUUUACUGAAAAGCAAGCUGCUGUAAAAUUCGGAUGGAUACAAGGAGUAUUGGUGAGAUGUCUGUUGAAUAUAUGGGGUGUAAUGCUUUUCCUUCGUCUCUCUUGGGUCGUCGGACAAGCAGGAAUGGGAUUGGCUUGUCUAAUAAUUCUUUUGGCGACGGUGGUAACAUUUCUAACAACUCUCUCAAUGUCGGCCAUUUGCACAAAUGGAGAAGUAAAAGGAGGAGGAACAUAUUACAUGAUAUCUCGGAGCUUGGGACCUGAAUUUGGUGGGUCCAUAGGUUUCAUCUUCGCUGUGGCUAAUGCUGUUGCCGUUGCUAUGUAUGUUGUUGGAUUCGCAGAGACAGUCCAAGUUUUAAUCUAUGACAAUGAAUUGCGUUUAGUGGACAAUGGAAUAAAUGACAUUCGGAUUAUAAGCUGCAUCACUGUUGUGGUCAUUCUGGGAAUCGCCAUCGUUGGAACUGAGUGGGAGACAAAAGCGCAAAUUAUUCUCUUAUUGAUACUACUUGCAGCAAUGGCCGAUUUCUUAGCUGGGGCUUUCUUAACACCAUCAGAGGAACAAAUAGCCAAAGGAUUCAUUGGAUGGAAUAUGAGCGUGAUAAUGGAAAACAUAGGCCCUCAUUUUGAUGCAGACCAGAGUUUCUUCUCUGUUUUUUCUGUCUUCUUUCCCGCAGCCACUGGGAUCCUUGCUGGAGCCAACAUUUCCGGAGAUCUCAAAGAUCCUCAAACGGCGAUUCCGAAAGGAACUCUUCUGGCAAUCCUCAUAACAACGUUGUCUUACAUUCUGUUCGUAGUUGUGGCUGGGAGCACCGUAUUGCUGCAAUCCAACGGCCUCACAGAACUCGUCACCAAUGGUAGUCUUCAUCUCUUAUCGAACUGCACUCUGACGGAGGAUAUGAAGUGCGAAUACGGUCUUCUUUACGAUUACCAGGUAAUGGAGAUGGUGUCAGCUUUUUCACCCAUAAUAUACGCUGGAAUAUUUGCUGCUACUCUUUCAUCUGCUUUGGCCAGUCUUGUCAGCGCUCCAAAAAUAUUUCAGGCUUUGUGCAAGGAUAAAUUAUUUCCAGGCAUACACUUUUUCGCUAAAGGGUAUGGAAAAAAUAAUGAACCCAGAAGAGGAUAUCUUCUUGCUUUUGUCAUUGCCCUAGGAUGCUGUGCCAUUGGUGACCUAAACAGCAUAGCUCCACUGAUAUCCAAUUUUUUCUUAGCUGCCUACUGCUUAAUUAAUCUCUCUUGCUUUCACGCCACUUUUGUUAAAGCACCUGGUUUCCGUCCUGCCUUCAGGUACUAUAGUAUGUGGCUUGGUCUUCUGGGUGCCUUUCUCUGCCUCGUCGUUAUGUUCGUCAUCAACUGGGUCACAUCUCUCAUCACAUUUGCUGUAGUCUCAUUCCUCUACCUCUGCAUUUAUCACAGGAAACCAGACGUGAAUUGGGGAUCGUCUACUCAAGCUCAAACUUACUCUAUGGCUUUGAAUGCUGUAGUAAAGCUGAAUGAGGUGGCUGAUCAUGUCAAAAAUUACAGGCCACAGAUUUUGGUACUAACGGGUCAUCCCAGUCACCGGCCCCCACUACUGGACUUCAGCUAUACCAUCACCAAAAAGCUCAGUCUACUCAUUUGUGGAAAUGUUAUCACAAAGGAGCACCUAAACCACAAGAGUAGGACCGCUGUGCUGGAUCUGGGACAUAAAUACCUUAGGAGACGAAACAUCAAAGGAUUUUACAGUACCGUAGAGGACACAUCCUUCUCCAGGGGAGUCUCCUCUUUACUGCAGGUUGCGGGAAUGGGAAAGUUGAAGCCGAACAUGAUAUUGAUGGGUUAUAAGAUUAACUGGGAAAUGUGUGGAUAUGAUGAAGUAAAGGAAUAUUUCAAUGUCAUUCACAAAGCAUUGGAUAUGCAUAUGGCCAUUGGAAUCUUGAGAUUGCCCGAAGGAUUGGACUAUUCGAAGUUUGCACCCCAUUUGGAACAAUUUGCCCUUCUAUCCAAAAAAGAAAGAAAAAAGAGAAUAGAAUACCGGUCAGAUGGAAUACUGAGAAAUAAAUCCUGUUCUGAACUCUCAGAAAUUUCGGUGGCAUCGUGUCCGAUGGACAGUUCCAGAGAAAGUUCUCCACCCUCGUCUCCAGCCACUCUCCGUUCCUUGAACGGGGUUGUGAGCCAAGAUCCCCAUGGACAGGUGAAUCUUGGUUUCAUGGAAUGUGCAGACGAUAUGAAGUCGACGCCAUCUAUUCCAGAUGAGGUUAAGUUGUCGGCAACACAGUUCCAGAGAAGGCAAAAAAAGGGACACAUCGAUGUUUGGUGGCUGUACGACGAUGGAGGUUUGACCAUGCUCAUUCCGCACAUACUUAGCACACGAUCUCAGUGGAGCGGAUGCAAACUCAGAAUAUUUGCACUUGCCAACAAAAAAGAUGAACUAGAUCGCGAACAAAGAAACAUGGUGGCGCUGCUAAAUAAGUUCAGAAUAGACUACUCUGACGUCACAGUCAUUCCAGAUAUCGUUAAGCCACCAGAAGAAGCGAGUCAAAAAGAGUUUGAGGCACUGAUAACAAAAUGGCAAAGCGAGGAGAAUCACAUAUCUGAGUCUGAAUUAUACGCACUGAAAGACAAAACCAAUCGCCACAUUCGAUUGUCGGAGCUGUUGCAAAAAUAUUCCUCCGAAUCAUCACUCGUCGUCAUGACUUUACCCAUGCCCAGGAAAAGCACGUGUUCCGCAGCCCUGUACAUGGCAUGGCUAGAGACACUCACCAAAGACAUGCCUCCUUUCCUUCUCAUACGAGGGAAUCAAACCAGUGUCCUCACAUUCUACUCCUGAAGAACAUGUGAAAUAAAAAAAAGGAACUUGUUGAAACAUGAACUGAAAUUUAUGGGAGAACAAAAAGCAUGCAGGCAUGGCCAGUCCUCCUACCAACUCUUUACUCACAGUUCCUUCGUUAUUCGUAGUUCUAUUUUAAAAGACAGAAAAAAAAAGACUUUUUUUUUAUGCGUACUGAUCAUUCAUAUCAAUUUCAUGUCUCGAAAGAAAUUGUAUGCGUAGCUGAUACGAGUCUAUUAUAGUUUUAAAAAAAUAUUGUUUACAAGUUUAAA